GCGGCAGCCAGCGCAGAGACUGCAUGAUACUACAGCACGGUCCUCACUUCGCACAGACACACAACGGCACCAGUCUCUCUCUCCGGCUGCCGGCUGUCUGACACACUUCACCUAUGGACCACUACAUCGCCCGGGCUAUGGGGGUGCACAGCAUUGUGCCGCCUCUGCGCUGCCACCUACGGCAGGUAUACGGUGCCACCACUCUGUAAAGAUAUAAAUAGCAAUAAAUAACAGUGGCAGGAGCACGGUCACACGCGGAGAGUCAGGCUAUCGGCUCUCAGACAUGACACAAGUAACGUCUCCCCCCGUAGCCGGCAACAAGUGGACGCUCCCCGUGGAACGCAUACUGGCUGCGACACCUGCGCACAGGGACAAACGGCAGAGCGGGGGCGUGGCCAGUUGCUGCACUUCCGCCAGUCUCCGGCUCUGCCACCUAUCGCUCACAGCCAAUAAGCCAACAAAUCACAGUGCGCAGGCUUUACGUGGAGAAGGCUUUGAAAAGUCAGCUGACUUGAUGAAAUUAUUACCGGCCGACCUGCUUGCUGAACUGUGUCAGCAUGUUAUUGAAUAUCUCCUACGUGAGAAUUGUGGUGUAGAUCAGACACUUCUCUGUCAGAGGUUUCAAACCGCAGGAGUGGAAACCAAUGUGGAUGAAGUUAGACAUGUCAUUAAUACAUUGAGCGGUCUCUUCAGCACUGCUGCAAAGCAGCAACUGUCCAGUGAUGCACUAGUACACACCGUUACCAGCCACUUCACGCUUCCUAAGCAGAGCCUGCAAGUUAUUCGUCAUGUGUGGAAUGAGGAGGGGAAAAGGCUGUCCGAGGCUGAAGGAACCAGGGAUCUGUUACCAGCUUUACAACUUGUUGAUUUCCAGUGGAAAAUUGGAAUGGCAGUUAGUUCAGACAGCUGCAGAUCCCUAAAGCAUCCUUAUGUCACUGUAGCAAUGAAAUUAGCAGACUAUUCCGGAGAGGUUAGAAGCAAGGUGUUUGAAAUGACUAUUCCAGAGUUUCAGAAUUUCUUCAAGCAAUUUAAAGAUAUGUCUGUGGCUCUGGAGAAUGUUUGAAGUAAACUCUUCACGGUGCCUUUGCUUCCUCCUGUUUCUAACAUAACAAGAUGGAUCUUGUGACCUGCAUUAGGCAUACUGUACAUUGUCAGCAUGACAAGAAGGAUGUAACAUUGGCUAAAGUAUAGUUUGUCUAAUGUAAAAAAUUGUGAGAUGGAUUUGUAUUAAUAUCCAUCCAAAUCUCUCCUGUCAGUCUUUUUCAUUGAGGCAUUGCCAUUUCUUGGCAAACAAGGAGUCAGACACAAAUUCCAGAAGUUUUAUAAUAGCCUGCACAGGUAUGAGUCUUAAAUCUAUGUGUAUUGUAUGCAUUCCUCUGUACUAGGAGUGAUACUCUACACACCAUGCAGUUGUCAUCCUUCACAAAUGCUGAAAGAAACUUGAUAGCUAAUUAUAUUUUAAUUCACAGUAAAAGAGAAAAAUGUCAUUAAUAUAAUAUAUACAACAUCUGCUUUAUCAUUAGUAAAUGGCAUAUAUUAUUCCACCUUUUUCUCCAGGUAACUAUAACUAGGCUUACCAUACUAUCUCUUUAAACCAGGACACUCCUCAAUUACACAGGUUCUCUAGCUGAUUAAAAGCAGGUGAAAUGCAGGCUGGACUUCAGCCAGCCACAGAACCUGUGUAAUAUAUGGGGGAUCUGGUUUACAGGAAUGGUAUGGUAAGUCUACUGUAUGCAUUACUUUGUUACAUUUUAUUUUUAGUUACAAGCUUCAUAUUUUAAUAAGGACAUACAUGAUGUGGUAACGGUUGCCAGCUGCAAUAUGCACUUUAUUUUCACAUUAUAUAUGUGCACAAUUAUAGUGCCCCCCUCUUCUUCUUUUUUUUUUUUUUUCCCCUAUCUGUGCAUUUGUUCCAUCUGGACUAAACUUCCCCAGGCAUUUGACAGCUGCUGUGUAUCCUCAGUGGUUUGUUCUCUGCUAUUGCCCAGACGGCUCUGCAUAAAGAGCAGUCUCGGGCAAACUAUUCUUCAGCUGUUGAAUUUAAAGUAAAAAAUGGCAGUGACUUCUUCUAUUUCAACAACAAAGAACUUAUUUCCCACCUUUAAUGUAAAAUAGAUUCUCCCUUAAAUCGCCUGUUCCUUUACAUGAUCAUUGCAAGAUGUUUUCUCUGUCUUAGCACACUUUCGAUAUUGAAAAUAAAAACAUGUCAUUUAACAAAGACAAGAUGAUUGUGUUGGAAUCCUUUGUGACAGUGAAAAACCAGUACAACCCCUUUUAAGGAAUAAAUUAAGAAUUUGCAUCUUAUCCAAUCUGCUUUUUUCAACAGUGUCUCAAGUCUCACUCAGAUUCCAAAGGAAUUUUCCAAGCUGGUAUGACAGAAGACAAACAAAGGAGCCACUUGCGGCAAUACGAGGACUUUUUUCACCCCUUUACCAAUGAGGAUGUUCUCAUCCCCGUGCUGAGCAUAUUUUGGCAAUUUAAGGGCUGGUCAAUGAAGGGUUAACUCUUCUGUGCUUUGUAAAUAUUACUUUUUAUAUGAUCAAUUUCCUUAUAAUAGUUACAGUGUAAAAGUGAAUAUUUCUACUUCCCUAAUGAAGGGUUAAAACAUGCUAUAUGAACUGUUAUGUGUUUGCAUAGAUACGUACUACCCUGUGCCGGAUACCUUUGUCUGCUCAUACAAAUACCAGGCUUGUAUGAGCCUGGUUUUCAAGGGCAGUCCCAUACCAGAUCAAACCUGUUAUUUCUAUUUCUGUGUGGUACCAAAUAUCCUGUGUUACAGACUUUGUUAAAUGUUUUGAGAAACUUGUAGAAAAACCCAUAUAUGGACAUCCGCCUUAUCAAUUCUGCCUGGUAACUACUAACGAGCCAAUAAGAAGUGUAACAACAUGUCAGUUACACCCAUAUACGUUGUCUUUUAUACUUUUGUUAACCUCAUAAUAAACCAGUGUGAAUCUUUA